AUAAGCGAGACAGCGAGCGUAUCUUUACAACCGAUUAGGAAAAACAGCCGCUGGUCACGUUGUUCGCAGUAUGGCGAUACUGCGUCGUCUCGGUCACAGCGACCCUGCACGAUUCUGCACAUCAGCCGGAGCUAGCAACAUGGAAGCUGUUCUGCGCUCUUUGCGAUUUCCCUUGUUCACGGUCGACGCCUUUACAAGGACUCCAUUUUCGGGCAACCCGGCGGCCGUGGUGUUUCUAGAAGAAGACAGCGCAAUCGACGACCAUCGUAAGCAGUUGAUCGCUGCGGAGAUGAGACACUCUGAGACAGCCUUUGUGUCCAAGCGAAAUGCCCUGGAUGAGUUUGAGAAAUCCUCUUGCUUCAACCUCCGGUGGUUUACACCCCAGAACGAAGUGCCACUGUGCGGCCACGCAACACUAGCGACGGCAGCCGCCAUCUUUGCUGAGUGGGGAAAUGAGUCUCGGGAACUCCAGUUCUACACCAAGAGUGGUGUGCUGAAAGCGUCAAGGGAGACAAAUGGUACCGUCGUCCUUGAUUUGCCAGCAAGGUCUUCGGUAGCAGUGCAAGAGGAAGAUUACCGGGACCUUCUGGAUGCCGUGGUCGGUGACACUCCUGUGGCCGAAGUGCUCUACUCAGCCGAUGCUAAGAAGCUCGUUGUGCGGCUGAAAGACUCCUGCACCAGGUCAGCCCUCGAAGCCCUGAGCCCGAACCCCGAGAGAAUGCUGCGCUCCGAGAGUGGCGACAGAGUGCUCGGCGUCGCAGUCACUGUCCGGGGCGGCAGUCAUGACGAUUACGACUUCAUCUCUCGCUACUUCAGUCCCUGGAACGGUAUCCCUGAGGACCCCGUUACCGGGUCUGCUCAUGCUGUUCUGGGGCCCUACUGGGCAGCUGUUCUGGGAAAAGAAACGUUGAAUGCACGCCAAGCUUCGGCACGUGGUGGCGACCUCUAUCUACGCAUCCCAGCUGGUGGACACCGACUUCAAGUAGCAGGACAUGCUGCAGUGGUUCUCCGAGGGGAACUACUCUUGUGAGCCAUCUAUACAGCCUUGGAAGAGAGACACAAAU